AUGCAUAUUUCUAAAAUCCCAAGCGAGGUAAUUGAUAGGAUAAUCCAUAAUGUAUCUCGUAAAACUGUGUACCAAUGCAUGCUAGUAUGUAAAACGUGGCAUAAUCCAGCACUUGCCAUCUUUUACAGCUCACUGAAUUUAGAGAGAAUAAAGGGAUGUGUCAUGGAUAACCAAAACCAACAACUGUUUAAAAAUCACUACACGCUAGUAAAAACCUUAGAAUUUGGUAAUUAUGUACUUCCCAUGAAAUACGGAAAGGGAAUGUCCCUCUUUCGUUUAUUCUCCAAUCUAUCACAGCUUAAAGUCAUUGAUCUGCGUAGACGAAACGACGCUCCCACCAUUCUAUGCGCUUUGAAAUCGGCCUUGGAUGAUUGUCCUAGAUCCAUGAGAGAUCUACAACACGUCAUGGUCAGCACAAUCAAUGAUCCCUUAGCCGACGAGCAAAUAAAGACAAUCUAUUAUGGUGUGUGCUAUAAAAGACGCCAAUGCAUCACUCAUUUAAACGUAUACCCCAAAGACGCUAUUCACAUUGGUUACUUGCGUGAUUACCCUAGUCUGACCCAUGUUUACAUCUACAACUCGGAUGCAUGGAAGGUUCGCGAUGAAGAAAGAGAUCGACUACUUUUCGCCAAAGUGUUGCGUAUGUGUCCCAACUUGAUCGAGCUAGAGAUAUUGAAUAGUCCUACUUUCAAUUAUUUGCGUGCUGAUAAACCUGGUCCUCGUAGUACCGAAUAUCCUGUCCCCACGUUGUGUGAAUCAAGUGGACCCUUAAAAAUGUAUAACCCAAAGCUUCGCCAUUUACGUUUAACGUUGGAGUCCUUUGACGUGGGUCAAAUGGAAUACAUGAUAACGUAUAUUCCUGCACAUAGACUAGAUAGUAUUACUCUACACUUGUCUCAACACAACACCUUGAAAGAAUGGAUUAAAGAUAAACGCGCUAAAUCCACACUCACCCGGUUUAUACAACAUGUAUGUAAAUCCAAAAGAUUUCGAUUGCAAAUUGACACCAAGUAUUCCGAAAAGGAAGAGGAUCCGACAGGAGAGCAAGUACUGGAUGUGAAUACUUUACUGUGGUCGAAUAUAGCACGUACUAUUGAAGAAAGUCGAAAAGUGGAUGAUUGUCAUAUCAAAUUAACCCUGACACAUAACCCUUCAUCGUACGAGGUCCACCCUUAUAUGCAAUCUGCCGCCUUCUUAAACAAGUGUAAUUUAUGUUUUGAUGUAAGUGUUCGUCAUCAUGCCUUGGUCAUUCGUCAAUGCUUGGAAUAUUCCGACUUCUUUCAUCAAACCGGCACGGAUAUGGCUAUCGUUCAUAAUUUGAUGGAACCCACGAGUCGUCUUCUCAGUUAUUGGAACCCCAAUCGUUUUAUUGAAGAUGCUACGCGCGUGUUGCAUCUGUCUGUACCCGAGCCUUAUCUUAUCCAAGCCAUCACAUUUGCCUUUGUUAAUUUCCCCAACGUGGUUAGCUUAGAGAUUGACACCAAUGCCAAUGGAGACCAAGUUGAACACUGUCAAGGUAUCUCAUGCGCAAGAGUUCAUGAUGCGUACUUUGAGAAUGAGGACGGACGGUUUGGAUUGUACAAAUUGCAAUUGAACAAUGCAGCGCUGACAGGUCCCCUGAUUGAUAGAAUAGGGUUUUUGAUGCGAUAUAUUUAUGAACUGGUCAUUCAUGAUGGUAUCGUGUAUGAUUGUAAGGUCACCUACAACAGGAUCAGGUUGGAUUUUACUCAGAUGACGCAUUUGAAAAAAGCAACGUUGAAUUUUCAGUAUGUGUUGCAGAGGUAUUCAAAUACACUUGUUCAGAUCAAGAGGGGGGACGAGGUGACAACUUACAGGUCUUUCACCAGGAAUCGAAAACAUGGGUUUGUGGAGGUGUCGGACAUCUUGGUGGAUAUAGAGCCCGAGUCUGGUAUGGUCAAACCGAGAAUUACAAUUCUGAUCACGUUUCCUAAAGAUCUUGAGUUGCUUACCUUUGGUGAAUUUAAAGAUACCGUCUCAGAUUAG